UUUUAAAAAAAUUUGUGGAGAAAGUGCUGCUGUAGACACGAACAUAACGAGUGAUUGGCAAACUAAUAUUUUGCAAACACGUAUUCGUCAAUAUGAACCUCGUGAUAUUUUUAAUGCAGAUGAAACCGGGCUAUUUUUUAAAUGUCUUCCGAGCAAUACAUACAUACAAUACAGAAAAAUGCCAUGGAACAAAAUAUUCAAAGUGUAAACAUUGAAUUUAGCUCGCUAGUUAUAUAAACCUCGCUACACACGUCACACUUUAAUAACCUUAGUUUGUGUGUCACUUUUGACACUGGUGAAAACGUCACCGUAUUAAUACACGAUGCGCAAUCUCAGAUUGCGCAUAUAUUCGUUUUAUCAAAACAUAAGUCAUUUCGCGUAGCCAACCCUGAGCUAUAAACGUCAUUUCCAUACAUUUUCAGAUUGCGCCAAGAUUGCGCAUAAAUUUUCAAGAUUAUAUGUCCGAGAUAUAUAUAUAUUUUUUGACAGAUAAAUAUAUCAAACCGACCCGUUUGACAGAUAGAUAUAUGCGCAAUCUGAGAUUGCGCAUCGUCUAUUGCUACGGUCAGACGGGCAGAUAGACGAUGUUUAGAAGUCAGCAAGAUAGGACUUGUGCGGUAUGCUGUAGCUUUGUGCAGAAAAUAAAAUAUAAUGUCUUACAACCUCAGAAGUGGGAUAUCGAACGAGAAAACAAUGGAGUCAUCUAUUUCGAAGGAUAAAAUGAUGGGUGUUCUUAAAGAAGUUGGCGAAACCGUGCCUGAAUCAGCUUCCAUCACCCAAGUCAGGCGGCUAUUUGAUGCAACACACACCGAAAGCAAAAUGGCGACUAUCCAGACCACGCCAUCUUCUCUGGAAUUUGAAACAUGUGCCGAAGCAGCGUCAGGCAAUACAGGAGCUUCGGCGAGUACAAUUGAGACAUUGACUGCAAAAUUAAAACAAUUGAAGCUGGAAAAAGAAGUUUCGCUUCUUAAACAAGAAAUGGCCAACAUGAAGCAAAUACAACAACCACUGCCGUUGGACACAAUCAAAUGCAUCGAAGGGCUAGUUGAUAGUUUUAGUGGCGAAAAGAAUGAGAAUGCCGAAUGUUGGAUUAAGCAACUUGAACAAACUUUUCAAUUGUUCAAUGUUAAUGAACUAGAAAAAAUUAUUAUCACGCGCCGACUUUUGAAUGGUACCGCUGCAAUGCUGACAAAAUAUAUAGUGUAUACAAGCUACGACGAGUUAAAACAACAAAUUCUGGAAAAUUUCUCAACUAAACCUUCACCGGAGAGUGUAUAUCAUCAGCUUCGCCGUAGACAGCUUCUUCCUCAAGAAAGCACCAUAAGAUAUGUGCUAGAAAUGGAAAAUAUUGCUAAAAACGCCACAAUAUUAGAACAAGAACUAGUUUCAAUAAUAAUCGAUGGAAUUGGAGAUCCUGUGAAUGCUGCUGCGAUUCGUUUUUCUGCAAACUCUUUGACCGAACUUAAGACAGCCCUGCAAAAAUACGAAUCGAUACGUUUACAACCGGUGUCAGUUUCAUUCAAACCAAGGAUAAUGACCAGAACUGACAAUGUUGGAGGUAUAAAAUGCUACAAUUGUUCGAACUACGGGCAUCAUCAACGGGACUGCCAUCAACCACGACGGCGAAAUGGGUCUUGUUUCCUAUGUGGAAAUAUGGGACACGUUGCUCGAGAUUGCCCUCAUCGUACUCAAUCGACGUCGGCUGCCAUCUACCAUAGUGAAGCAAAUCAAAACAAUGUUAUCCACGAACCGAACUAUAAUGAAAGCGCAGUUCAGAUAGAAGCUAUUCAGGAGCCCUAGGAGUUUUGUCAGCGAAGAGCUUGUCCCGACUCUUGCCCAAAAUCCGUGUUUUUCUGGAUUCCGCGGAUUAGGAAAUCAACCUUUGACAUCGCUAGGGUAUGCAGAAGAAUUCGUUUUCGUGACACUUAUGUUAACCAUUCAUUUAUCAUCAUUCCAAAGAAACAAAUGGCAUGGUCUAUUAUCAUUGGACGGGAUUUGUUAAAAAAAUUUAAUAUUCAUUUGCAUUACAUACGUUACCGUUAUUCCAAACAAAGUUUAAUGAAUUACAAAACCAUAAAUAAAAACGAACUUCAACCACACAUGAGACCGCGUCUUGAACAUUUAGAGAUUUUGCGGGGUUUUUGUAAGAAUGGGGAAGAUAUUCAUUCGCAGUCCAUUGGUUCGGUUGAUGAUAAUAAUACACCUGUUCUCACUUUCCUCUGAAUCGUUAUCCGGUUGCUAUGGAUCGCAAUCCAUGAGAUUGGAUCGCAAUCAACUACGUCUGAAUCGUUUGCAGCUACGUUUGGAUCGUUUUCAGCAACGUUUGGAUCGCUCUCAGCUACCUUUGGAUUUUACGGUAGCUCGCGUAAAUCUCGUUGCAGCGCAAAGUUUAUUUAGUGACCAUUCGGCGUACCUCACGAUUCUCCUCAUGACAGACAAUUUGAAAAGCAACAAUUUCGUAUUGUUCUAUGUUUGAACUCAAUUGAGAAUAUGUGUUAAAACCCAUUUUUGAGCUAUAAACAACAUUUGACAGAUUUGUCUGCUUCUACGCAUCAGAACAGAUUUCCUCCAUUCUAAAGAUGGAAUAUCCGGCUAUACCUCGAAACCCUGAACAAGACUAAAUGACCACGUAGGUCGUUACGCUAAAAAGAAGAAGAUUGUGCUGGUUUGUUUGAAAAACUUGGUCUAAUAACCAAAAACGUAUGAAUGGUGAUGUAAGCUUCAUAUAAAAAAUACGAUAAGAUUUUAUAAUUGAAUGCAUUAAUUGUUUAGUUCUUUCCUUGGGGUGCAAAUGUGUCCCGCGGUCACCAAAUAAACGGUGCGCUAAAACGAAAUUUGCGCGAGCUACCGUAAAAUCCAAAGGUAGCUGAGAGCGAUCCAAACGUAGCUGAAAACGAUUCAGAUGUAGUUGCAAACGAUUCAGACGUAGUUGAUUGCGAUCCAUUCUCAUGGAUUGUGAUCCAUAGCAACCAGAUAACGAUUCAGAGGAAAGUGAGAACAGGUGUAAUGCUGUCUCUGAAAAUAUAACCACGACAUUUAGCGAGUUAUGUGCGAUCGACAUUAGUUCCGAGGAGGCAAAAAUAGAUGUAGGCUCCAAUUUAAACCACCAACAGUCACAGGAAAUAAUUUCAGGGGUAUUUAAUCAUUAUUUGCGAGUGUCAACAGAGUCAAUUACGGAGCCCGUUCAUUCAAUGACAAUUAGUGUCACAAAUAGUACUCCCAUCUAUUGUAAACCAAGGCGAUUAUCUUAUGCUGAACGAAAUCAAAUUCGAGACAUAGUUCAAGAUCUUUUACAAAAACAGAUAAUCCGCCCUAGCAGUUCCCCGUAUGCCUCUGCGUUAGUAUUAGUUCGCAAAAAGAACGGUGAGACUCGUAUGUGUGUCGAUUACCGACCUCUAAACAAAAUCACGAUACGGGAUAACUACCCUUUACCAUUAAUCGACACGUGUCUUGAACAUCUCAGCAAUAAGAAGGUUUUUACUCUCUUG